UAAUGUUUAGACUUGUUGUUGGUGCAUUUUUGUUCAUAGUAUUUGCUAGCAUGUGGGGAUUUCAUAAGUUUUGAAGCUGGUGGAAGACCUUCGUGCAUAUGGCCGAAGACCCCUAAAUUUUUGAGAGCGGUGUUUUGCUAGGCUUAUAGGGACGCAACACAACCACCUUAUUGGCAAACAUCAUUACUCUAUUUUAGUCAACAAGCCUUAUCUAUCAAUAUUUGUUUGCUACCGCUAUCAUCUAUCUCGGAAUUUCCGAGCACUACAAGCAGUUUCAUGAUAUGAAUCCUGGUACGAUUUUCAGUUCACUUCUAGUUUUACAUCUCUCUCUUUCUUCCUUUUGUGUCAUCCAUGGCACUCAGGAACAAAACAACGCACAAAAAAUUCUAAGCGCAGCCCAGAAAGAUAAGAACUGGUUGGUCUCAAUAAGAAGGCAAAUCCAUGAGAACCCUGAACUCAGAUUCCAAGAGCACAACACCAGUGCUCUUCUGCGCAGAGAGCUAGACAGACUCGGCGUCUCUUACUCAUACCCAAUUGCUAAAACUGGUAUUGUGGCAGAAAUUGGGUCCGGUUCUGGCCCAGUUGUGGCUCUUCGGGCUGACAUGGACGCCCUCCCUAUGCAAGAGCUUGUUGAUUGGGAACACAAGAGUAAGAUUGAUGGAAAAAUGCAUGGUUGUGGUCAUGAUGCUCAUACCACUAUGCUUUUGGGCGCUGCUAAGUUGCUUAGUGAACGAAAAGAGAAACUUCAGGGUACGGUUAGACUUAUUUUUCAACCUGCUGAGGAGGGAGGUAGAGGAGCUGCCAAGAUGAUAAAAGAAGGAGCCCUUGGUGAAGCGGAAGCAAUAUUUGGGAUGCAUGUCGAUUUUGAGACACCUACAGGAAGCAUAGCAUCCAUUGCAGGGCCACACUUGGCUGCUGUAAGCCACUUUGAAGCAAAGAUAGUCGGUGAAGGGGGGCAUGCUGCAGCUCCCCAUCUCGCUUCUGAUCCAACACUUGCUGCCUCUUUUGCAAUUUUGGCAUUGCAGCAACUCAUCUCAAGAGAAUCUGAUCCCCUCCAAAGUCAAGUUCUAUCUGUCACUUAUGUUCGAGGAGGGACUGCAUCUGAUGUAAUUCCAGAUUAUGUGGAAUUUGGGGGCACAUUGAGGAGUCUCACGACAGAAGGCUUGUACCAACUCAUGAAGCGAUUAAAGGAGGUUAUUGAAGGGCAGGCAGCUGUGCAUAGAUGCAUUGCAUACUUUGGUGUGAAAAGUGAAGAAUUCCCUCCUAUCCCUGCUGUUUUUAAUGACGAAAGCUUGAAUUCACAUGUAAAUAGGGUCGCAGAACUUCUGCUUGGUCCUGAGAAUGUAAAGGUUGGUAAAAAAGUGAUGGCAAGCGAAGACUUUGCUUUCUAUCAAGAAUUGAUUCCUGGAAUCAUGAUCAGUAUUGGAAUAAGAAAUGAGGAACUGGGUUCAGUUCACUCACCGCACUCCCCUUACUUUUUUCUUGAUGAGGGCGUCCUUCCCGUGGGGGCAGCAUUACAUACUGCCUUGGCUGAGGCUUACUUGAACGAGCACCGAAAUUCCGUUAUACAGUGAAACUUUCAAAGCAUUGUCCGGCAGAAGUCUUGAUGAUUCCUACUCCUUUAUUUGUGUGCUAGCUUAUGUAGUGCUCUGAAACCAGAAAAGGAAAUGUAAAUUUUGUUUGUUAAACAAAUUGUAUAUAUAGAGAUACUUGGUUCUUCACUAAACUUGUAUGUAAAGAGGAAUAUAACAGCAAAAUUAUAUUA